AUGUCAAACGAAGACCCUCCCCCGCCUCCAGCUCCUCCCUCUGGCCCAUUCACAGUCUACUCCAGCGUCGCGAAGCAGGGUGGCACUGGCUCAGUCAAGACUCUAACAGCAAAAACAAACAUCGACAACUUCGUCCGUCAGCUUAGCUCAAGCAGUCUCGUCUUUUCCAGAGCGCCAACAUCCCCUUCUCCUGAGACGAUCCCUUUGGACCCAUCUGAUAUCACCUUCAAAUGGCUUACGCUCCUCGAUCCCAAGGGCACCGUGAGUGCAGGUUUUCAUGAUGCUGCCACUCAAGACAUCGAUAACUUCCAGGUCCGCAUGGCAGCCCCUUGGGAUCUGGUAUUCAGUUCUGCGCCCACAUUCCUUGUAACGACAUUUGGUUCUGAGGGCAAUCCGGGUUUAGCACCUGUGUCCAAGGUCCCCGUACCUGGGUUGAAGGAUACUGGCAAUCUUCUGUACAUGGGCCUCGACCCAACGACCACGCCCGUCACGGCGUCUGUGAAGGAACUCUUCGACUUCGCUGGGCUGAAGUCACCGCCUCUCUCUGAGUUUGCACCUUGGGGUGUCACGCUGCGUGUAUCAAGCGAUCCAACAAAGCCGAUUCGUAACGCGCUUUGGUACAGCCCACUCAACUACGAUCAGACCAUUCUCCGUCUGCAGUUCAGUCUGAGUGACGCAGACAGAGCCACCUUUCAAAGCUACAUUGCCAAAGCACUUCCAUCCCUCGAGUUCAGAAAUGUGGAUUUCAUCUGCCGCCGCACCAUCACCGGUACGACUACAGGUGGCAAGAUAUCAGCUUCCGCCCAAGGUGAAGUCCUGAUCGAGACAGAGUGUCAUCUUUUGCCCAAAGGCCACGAUCUUCAGAUCAGAGCGGGAAUCAGAAUUUUCCAUGACCAGUACCAUCUAACGUUCCAGCUCGACGAGCAGAUCAAAGGUCACUCUGCUCUGGGGGACAUACUGGCCUGGCUUGCAGAGUGUGUUGGGCUUCAGUCCGAUGACUUCAAGUUUGUGACGGACAUGCUUAUGCAGCAGGAUGGAAAGGCCUUUGGGGAUGCGCUGGAGUUGCGCCGGAUCCAGAUUGCUCUCGGUACUGAUGACGGCGGCAAGACAACCAAGUUGAUGUCUUUUAGUGUCGACAUUCAGGCCACGGCAACAUUUGGGCAUGAGAAUGGCCCUGAUGGCAAGCCCAAGGACGCAGACCCCGUUGUCUUUCUGCUCACGUACUUGUGGGAGCGGGGAGGACCAACAUUCGGGUCGAUUAAAGGGAACUUCAACGAUAGCCCUGACAGGAACUUGGCGCCUGGGUUCGAGGAAAUCAACUCUCUCGUCCCCACUCUCGCCAAAGUCCGCAAGACCAUCAGCAUCCCGGGCCUCAUCCCAGGCUUGAACAUCGAGAACGUGCCACACAAUAUCCCCACUGAUAUCAGCAGAGCCUACGUCGUGCUCAACCAAAGCAGUAUAGCCGUGGGCGGUACUGUCCAAUCGCUGGAUUUUACCUCCCAAGAUAAGGACUACCCCGUACCACAGCUUAAUCUUGGAUGGGUCAGCAUCGACGCUUCGUACAACUGGGCCAAAGGGGCAACAUCUCCUCUCAACGUCAAGGCCUCCUUUCUCGCCGAGCUCAGGCCGUCCAAGAAUGCUACACACAAGGAGCCUGCCACGCUCGUGGGCGCCAUGGUCUAUGAUAGUGGCAAGUGGACUUUGAGCGCUGACCUGGAAGGACUAUAUCUCUCCUCCCUCUACAACUUCUUUUUCCAAAAGCCAUCGAACGCCGACCCCGAUGCAACUGGAGAAGCAGAUCAUGUUCUCCCGCUCAUCGAGGCCAUCGAGAUUGAAAGCAUGAAGCUCACCUACGUCUAUGACAAGACGCCUACUACGGGAGACCAAGUUGUUGGCAGCUCAUUCACCUUUGACGGAAUUCUGAAUGUCUCUGAUUUGCAGCUCAAACUUCAUUUCUCGUAUGAGAAGAAGGCCUUUGAGUUCCGAGCAACGUUACAUGCCGGAUCGGCGACAACCAUUGGGAAGAUCAUCGAGGAUCUCGUCGGAGAUGGCAUCGACGUCCCAGAGUUCUUGUACGACGCCAAACUAGAUCCAGCAAAAGACGGCCUUGAGAUCGGUGUCAUGAAGGGCUCAUCGGCAAAGCCAGGCACCCCUGCACCAUUCCACUUUGUGGCCAAGCUCACGGUGAAUUUCCCCAAAGAUGUCCAAAUCACGUUGACCUUCGCCCAGUGGCAUGGUAGCAACUGGUCUGCUUCAGAACCGUCCAAGAAGCUGAUCAAGGCCGCUCUGACCGGCAUCCCCCAUGUGUCCAUCCCUCUUGUUGGCGAUAUCACGCAGCCAUUUGACGAGAUGUACUUCAUGCAUGUGAUCGACGGUACCACGAAGAAGUCACCCCAGCAACUUCCCGGCAUAACUCGCAAGGAGAAGGAUGAUCUCAACCUGGAUGAAGCAUUCAAGGCUCAUCCUCUCGUUGUCAAGGACAAAUCUAAGGAUACCAGCGAUGAUGUAGUGGUCAUCACUGCAGGCGCGCACCUCGCGAUUGUCAUCAAGAACGAGAGAGGCGAGAGAGUUUGCAUCCUCGACUACAACUUCAAGAAGCAAAAGACUGUCGGAGAUGGAAAGGAGAACACCAAAAAGCGAACCAUCCCGGCAGGGGGAGAAAGUAAGGAACCUGCAAAGAAGGACUCGGACGGCAGCGCGGCCUCGGCGCCUCUGAAGAAGAAGAUGGGCGGCCUAUCCAUCAGCGAUAUCGGUCUCAAAUACGAGAACAAGAUUCUCAGCAUCUCUUUUACCGCCACCAUGGAACUCGGCCCCGUGGGCUUCAGUCUCAUCGGGUUCGCUCUCAACAUGGAGCUAACAAGCCUCAACCUGAUCGAUAUCAGGAUGCUGCCUCCUAGCCUGGAAGGCUUCUCAGUUGUUUUCGAGCGCAAGCCCCUUUCCAUUGCCGGCAUCAUCCGCCAUGGAAAGACUCCCGAACUUGAGUACUACGCCGGUGGACUCAUCGUCGGAUGGACGCCCUACCAACUCGAGGCAGCAGGCUUCUAUGGUAAAGCCAAGCCCGAGGGACGAGACCCCUUCGUCUCCGUCUUCGUUUUUGCAAAGCUUGCGGGACCGCUUGUCUCGCUUGAAUUCGCAGAGAUCUCUGGCGUGACGGGAGGGUUUGGAUACAAUUCCAGCGUCCGCGUGCCCACAGCCGAUCAGAUUACCUCGUUUCCCUUCAUUGAUCAGCAUGCCACGGAUAAUGCCGGCGAUGCACUGGAAGCGCUGCAGAAGCUGACCAGCGCGGGACAGGAUGCGUGGUUCCAGCCUUUGCCGGAUACGUAUUGGGCAGCAGCGGGCAUGAAGAUUGAUGCCUUCCAGAUGAUCGCGCUUGACGCUGUUGUCGUUGUACAGUUCGGCACUUCUAUCAAGCUGGGCAUAUUUGGUGUUGCAUUAGUCGAUGUUCCUAGCAGCCUGUCAGACUUCAAGUUUGCCCAUGUUGAGCUCGGCCUCGCUGUUGUCGUCGAUUUCGACAUUGGUAUCAUGAAAGUGGAGGCGCAGCUCUCCCCCAAAUCCUACAUCCUUCAUCCAAGCUGUAAGUUGACGGGUGGCUUUGCCCUUUGGUACUGGUUUGACGCCCCCCACGCUGAUCAGGCCAAUGUGGGCAACUUUGUCUUCUCCCUCGGGGGUUAUCACCAGGCUUUCAAAGUUCCAGUCGGAUGGCCUGUCCCAGAUCGCCUCAAAAUCAACUGGGGUCUGGGCAACAACCUGUCCAUCUCGGGAGAAGCCUUCUUUGCCAUCACACCCAAAGUUUGCAUGGGAGGCGGCAGACUUCGAGCUUCCUACUCCGCCGGGCCCAUAGCAGCUUGGUUCGACGCUUUUGCCAAUUUCCUGAUCCAAUACCAGCCUUUCCACUUUGCAUCAGAAGCAGGCAUUUGCAUCGGCGCAAGCUUCAACCUGGACAUCUGGUUCAUUCACAUCCACAUCUCGGUCGAAGUGUCAGCAGAUCUAUACCUCUGGGGCCCCCCCUUGGCGGGCAUCGUCUCUGUCAACAUCAAAGUAGCCCGAUUCAACAUCCACUUCGGCGAUGACAACAACGGCCCCGGUGCACUGCAGCUCGACCAGUUCUUUGAUCUUGUCUUGCAGGCUUCUAGCAAGAAGAAGGCAGCAACCACCACCACCCCCAUGGCGGUCGCAACACCCAUCAUUCCAAUCAUGGAACCGGAUCAAGCAGCCAGGUUCAAAAGGAUAUCUGACAACGUUGGACAUACCUUCCUGGCGCGGUUCGGCCUCAUGAACGAUACCUCUGAUCCCAAGCGCGAGCAGAACGCGGAGUGGGUAGUCAGGGCCGGCACAUUCAGCUUUUCCAUCGGUUGCAAGAUGAUGGUUGACGACGUGAAGCUUGUAGGCAACAACAAAGAAGACAUCAACUUCAAGGCCUCCGGGGCAGGCAGCAUAUUCGCCAAACCGAUGAAGACCGAUUCCUCCCUUGCCUCGCACAUGACUGUGCGGAUCACCCAGACCCAGGGGAAGCAGGUAUGGGGAAUGAGUCAGGAGUACAAGUCUGUUCCUACUGGUUUGUGGCAAAAGUACCCCUUGAACGGAAAGGGAAAUAACAACAUUGACGACUAUCUCAACGACAAAGACGGAGGGAUCAAGCUAAUGAGCGGCAUCUUGUUUUCUGCUCCUCCACCCAAGAUGUCGGAUGAUAAGCUCAAGGUGUUUGACAUCAUCGACUCGACGCUCAUGGAGAUUGAGUCUGAUAGGCAGUUCCCUCUUCCAACCAACUGCCAUAAAGACUGGGAUCCUCACCCGCCAAGGAAUGAGGAGGACGAUGAUGAGUGGACGGUUGUGCAGAAGAGGUGGAAGACACCUCUGUGGAACACGGAUAAUGAGCCUAAGCACAGUUCUGUUUCCCUUGCAGUCGAUUCGAGCUCAGAGGCUGCUGCUCAGCCUAUUGUUCCAGUGGAACCCAAGACGCGAGACGUACAGACUGAUUUUGUUUCUGCUUUUGUCAAUGCUUUUAAUUGGGAUGCUGGCUUGAACUUACCUAGCCUGGCCAAGAUGCCUCGGAAGCUGGAAAAGAGGUUUGGAGAUUUGUUUGUUGUUCCACCGAUGAUGACUGCUUAG